AUGGGAGAUUCUCAACAAGUAUACGAGACAUCCGCGAAAACUCCAAUUCUGGAACAAGAAGGGACACUAAAUAUGUCAGUGGGGUCAGUGAAACCUCAAGAAGAUUUCGGAACUUUUCCUUGCGUAUCGCCUUUUGACGACGAGGGUGAAAAGCGAAAUUUGAAACUUUCAGCUCAAGAGAAACAGCGCUGGCGUCGAGCGGCGUUAGCGGUAUCCUUUGCUUCUAUGUACGUUACGCUGUUGCUUGCCAUCGCAUCGUUUGUAAGUUCGGGGAUUUCCGAGAGCUCCGCCGCAUUUGCCAUAGCGUUUGACGCUUUACUUGGAGUCUUUUCAUCAGGAGUAAUAGUCUGGCGUUUUUACAAUGGCGUCAACGGCGUGUUAGGCCCUGAAAAGGAGCGUAAAGCGUGUUUAGCUAUCGCGCUCUGCUUCAUCUUAUCUGCGAUUAUGAUGUGCGCACGAGCGAUACAAUUCCUUCUCAGUGAUUUAGAGCCGAGACAAACCAUCACCCUCCUAGCCAUAUCGGUGAUUGGAUUUAUCUGCUACUCUGCGUUUUUUUGGCUCAAGUUCCGCAUUGCAGACAAGUUACACAGUUUAGCACUGAGAAUAGACUCAAUAGACUCAGCCUGUGGGGCUGCCAUGGCUUUGGGCUUGAUCACAAGUACGAUCAUCUACAACGAAAUGCACUCGACUUGGUGGCUAGAUUCAGCCAUCGCUUUGGUUAUAGCCUUCGUUACCUUUAAUGUGAUAAAGAAAGCGUUUAAAUGAAAAUCAAAGUGAGAAAGCAUAAGUUAAACAUCCACUAUCGAGGUUCUCCGUGAGGAAGUCGAACUCAGCAACACGCGUACUGCUUACGUUAUGCACUUUCCCAAUACAUUAAGUCUCACCUCGGCAAGAAACAACAGCAAGCAAAAAUUCAAAAAUAGCGUUUCUCUUCAGUCAACUUCAUUUUAAUAAUGUUACUUCACAUGCUCUUUUUUACGGCGGCCAUCUUGUUAUGCGCAGUAAGAGAUGCGCAGUGCAGUGCAAAACCAGAGAAUCACCUUAAUACAUUUUUCGCUUUGUAAACGUUAAGCAAUAAAACUCCCAGAAUUUCAGUGUAAGAAAAGACCUGUAGAUAUCGGUCUGAUUUAUCUACUUUCCCCAGUUUUACUCCAAUUUUUUUAGAUGACAUUUGUACAACCACAUCAAUGAAAUUGUUCUUGAACAAAUGUAAAAUAAAUUAAUCAUUUCAGAACUUUGGACAACUUGGAAAAACGAAUUGGUUGUGUUGAAAGGUAUUAUUAGAAAUCUGAAAGCCACUUAUUUUGUAUUUAACAAUUGUUUGUCGAAGGCCCCGCGGAUAUCGUUGAUAAUUCCUGACUGGAGAGAAUCAAGUCGCCAAGGAAAUUAUACCGAAAAUAUAUUAACAGUUUUUGAAAACAGCCGAACCAGUAUAGAAAGAUCUUUCGCCCCAAUUUAUUCUUAACAAAUUAUUUAACCUUGGAAACAAGGAGGUACUUUGCCCUUCGGGCCCAUAAUUGGACCACUCAUUUAUUCCAAAAUUUAUGUAAGAAAUUUAUUAUUAGUUAAGCUCGAUCAUUUUUUCACUGUCAAGAAAUUGAAAAUAGGUGAUAUGUUGUUGGUUAACUCCUAGCUUAUCACCGUCUUUUGAUUCAGUCUUUAUAAUACGUCCAUUAUUAAGGUGAUCGCAGUCGCAAAACCAAGAACACAUAAAAUUGAAGGCAAGGCUGAUCGACAGAUAAGGGUUGAUAAUUUACAAAUUUAUUUGCCCGAUAUUUCGACUAAACAAAACUUGUCUUCUUCAGGGGCGAGAAAAGCUUAGUGAGAAUAGAAUAAAGCGAUGGCCUUUAAAAUAACAAAUAUAAAAAUAAAAUGUGAUUGAUGCCCCUGAUGAAGACUAGUUUUGUGUAGUCGAAAUAUUGGCAGUAAAUUUGUAAAUUAUCAACCCUUAGUUGUCCAAUCAGCCUUGCCGUCAAUUUUAAGUGUUAUUUUAUAUUGCUGAUCCUGAUCUAGACAAGAUCCGGCUUUCCCUCGCUACUGUUUGUCCAAGUGGGUCUUGCAAGAAUUGUUCACCACGAACACAGGCUGCCAAUUAAAAUAAUAAAACAAUCAUUUGAAGAAUUUAUGCAGAUAAAGGUGGCUAUAAUAAGCCAAAACAGAGGCUUGGAUAGUUAUAACAUCCUUCGAGAUCUGCAUAAUUCUUGUUUAUGCAUAUUUACAUUGUGUUUUGUUUGCGUAUUUUAUUAAUUAAACACUAAUUAUUAAAAUAAUUAAUGUUUAUUUGAAUACAAUAAUAGUGAAGAAGGGCUUCUACAAAACGCUUGACUCAAUAGACUCAGCCUGUGGGGCUGCCAUGGCUUUGGGCUUGAUCACAAGUACGAUCAUCUACAACGAAAUGCACUCGACUUGGUGGCUAGAUUCAGCCAUCGCUUUGGUUAUAGCCUUCGUUACCUUCUGUUAUGGUUGUCUCAUUAUUUGGAAAGUUAUCUGGAAGAAAGAGAGAUUCGGAGCACCCGAGGAGUACGAACUGUUUUGA